UGACGGUAUGAAGUCUGAGGACAUUUUUCAAAAGCAUAUUUCUUUCUUUCCUGGAGUAUUGAUUUGUAUGUGAAUGGAUAGGUUGAAUGGAUAAUGUUUAACUGACCGUGUGCUAUCUGUCUAUCCUAAAUCAUCAUAUGAGAUUGGGAUUGUUUGCCAGUUCCCCUUCUCGUCAGCUCUACAGAGGACGACUGUGGUGGUCCGGUGGCUGGGGAGAAGGGCAUGGACACCUACCUCAAGGGGGCGCCAGAGGUUGUGGCCAGCCUCUGCAGAGAGGACACAUAUUAUAUCGGAGAGCUUUACCGAGACACUGGAGUCUGGGGUUCAGAGUCAUAACCCUGGCCCAUUGCCAGCUGGAGGCCAAACUCAGAAUGGGCCGAAUACUGUAAGUGGCAAUUUUGCAGGAGCAAGUUGACUUUGAAAAGGUAAAAGAGGAGACUUGACUUCCAGGAUCUGGUGUAAGUAAACAUUUUUUUUUAUACAGAGCUUUGGGAAACAAGUGUUCACGUGAAAAUGCAGCGACUAAUAAGCAGCAGAGGCUAAAAAAGCCAAGGCCACUAGCGUUGUGUAGUAAAACAUGGCUAAAAGGCAUGGCUCAAAGGCCAAGUCUCAAGAUGAUAUAGUCAUUCUGAAUUCCGAAUGCAUGCAUCGUUACAGACGUUGGUUGAUAUGAAACUGAUACAACUUCCAAUUGAACAACGAGAACAGUGAGACAUUGGCUACUUUUGGGUACAGAGUGAAAUUCAGCAGUUUAGUUCAAGAUUGGAUUGUCAGUUCCUGAAGCCUAGAAUUCUGUGUACUGACAUCUGAUACAAAGAUACAUGGAAAACACUUGUGGACUUUUGAUGAUUAUAAGCAGGAACAUGUGAGGACGUGGUCGUCGUCGAUCUUGUUCGUCUGGAUCGGCCCACACAAUGCAAUGUGCCGAACCAAUCACAGUAAUGAGAACUAUCUUAUUUCCUGUUGGAAGAUUCAAGACAUUUGUAACCUUGAGUUAGCUAGAUUCCUUUUACCUAGGAUACUUUUUUGUUGUUGUUGUAUUGUCUGUUUUCUAUUCCUGUCAUGGAUCUCAUAGAGACCAAUAUGGAGUUCCUUGGGCUCAUAAUCAUGCCAAACAAGCUGAAGGAAGAGACCGCCAGGGUUUUAAAAAGACGUACGACGUGCAAACAUUCCCACUGUGAUGGUUACUGGAGGUGAUAAUAUGCUAUAAACCGUAUCAGUAGCCAGAGACUGUGGGAUGAUAGCACCUCAUGAGAGGGUCAUCAUAGCAGACGCCACACCUCCCAAAGACAUCCAGCCUUCUCGGAUCCAUUGGCACUAUACAGAGAACCACUCCCCCAGCAUGGACAACCACGUUGAGUCAGUGGAGGUCAGCCUUGAAGAUGUGUGCCACGUGGGCUAUGGUGAGCUGCCCACGCAGCAGGAGCAGCGCUACCACUUUGCCAUGAGUGGCAGGCCCUUCGCUGUCGUCACAGAACACUUUCCUAACUUGGUCCAAAGGUUGGCACUGCAGGCCACAAUACUCGCCAGCAUGGCUCCUGACCAGAAGACUCAGCUGGUGGAGUGUUGAGUGAGUCUCCCCUUCAGCACUAACCAUAUGAGCACAAGAGGUUGAAAAUACGUCCUUUCAACGUCUUGUGCUUACUGGGAGCUGUUAGUCAGUACUACAUUGGCCACAUGGCGUUAAUUGCCUCCGUGUUUUUUUUCUCUGCAGCUAUACUGUAGGGAUGUGUGGUGAUGGCGCCAAUGACUGUAAGUAUGGGGUUGUCGUUUUUUAUGAUGUUUUAAGAAAUCCACUGGGUGCUUUUCAUCUCAUGCUAUAAAAGCAUGUUUUACUGCAAUUACAUGGUCCUCUGUAGCUCAGUUUGUAGAGAAUGGCGCUCGCAACGCCAGGAUAGUAGGUUCAAUUCCUGGGACCAUACUUACGUAAAAUGUAUGCACGCGUGAUUCUAUGUUGCUUUGGAUAAAAGCAUCUGUUAAAUGGCAUAUAUUAUUACUGUAAAUAAUGUUUGAAGAGGCAGAUUAGUGUUGAUAUGAUCAGGGCCACUGUCUGUACCAUAGGAUCAGCUAUUUACUGACUGAGCGCAAGCAUUUUAGUCAUUUAGCAGACACUCAGGGCAAGCAGUAUGACAUUGGUCAGUAGAGCCUUAAGGGGGCAGUAUUUUCAUGACAGCACUAUUAGGAACAGACCUCUCUUUCUUGUAAUGUAUUACAGAUUCUUCCUCAUGUAUUUCUGCGUUAAACUGUAUUAUUUUCAGACAUUGUUAUGCAAACUGACUCUUAACUUUCAACUGUCCCCAAUGGGAAUUGAACCCACAACCAGUGUCCCAAGGAUUUUUUUUGGAGCGCAUUGAGAGACCUCCCCUCCUCCUCCUCCCCCCUUCUUUCUCUGCUAUCUCCAGGCUCUGAAGACAGCUCAACAGUGGGAUCUCCUUGUCAGCGCUGGGUGCCUCGGUCAACCUCCCUCUUCACCUCCAACAUCUCCUGUAUACCCAACCUCAUUAGAUACUGUAGCAUCCCUCUCAUCAACCGUGUUAACUAUCAGUUUAUUUUACAGUCCUUAUACAGUUGGUACAAAUUACAUGGGAUGUUAUAAUGUACUUAUUUUGGUAACAACAUGAUAUUGAACGAUACUUAAACAGUUAGUCGUUAGGUGCCGCCGCGGUCUAAUAUAUAUGCCACCUUGCAUGUUUCACCAUUUCUUCAACAACAACAAAAAAUACAUUGAAAACUUUUGGUGUUCCCAUAUGUAAUUGUUUGAUUUCAAACUACACAGGACCAAGAAAAAAAAUAUCUAAACUGAAAUUAACAUUUUUCAAUUUAAGUAAACAAAUGGCCGAGACUAAAUUAUUCAAAAUUCAAACCAAAUUAAUUUGGUGGGAGGCAAGUGAUUCUUGUUUAUGUGUAAUUGAACUCACAUGUGGUAAGUUGCAGGUGCCUACAGAGUAAAAAUAGCCAUUCAACCAGUUUUGAAAAUAGAAAACCGAACAUUGCACUCCAUUGCACUCCAUUGUAAAGUGCAAGGUUGCCAAUAUAUUUCACCGCAACUAUAUAACAAUGUGAAUAAACUAUAGGUAAGUACCAGUUAAAUAUCUGCCUGUGGAAUAAAUGUAUCUGUUGAGGUAUUUGAAGUACUGCAUCAAAGUAGUCUCAUCCAGAGUUGCCAGAACAAUUGUGAGCAAUUGUAUUCAACGGUGAGCAAUU